UGGACCCCAAAAUUAACCUCACCUACAAGCAAAGCACACCCCAGCUCCCUUAUAUUCACUCUCCUUCCACUCUUCACUCUCGAUCAAAAUCCACUCUUUUUCAUCAUACUAGUUAGAUUACUUCAACACUUCAACUUAUUACCAACACUCUCAAACUCCGACCACACAUAUAGUAACCUAGCUCCAAAUCAAAGUACUAGCUUACACACACCUGAGAUAUAUUAACAGAUCAACUACCCAGAAUAUAACCCUUAAAAGCCAUUAUUUCUUGAUCAAGACUUCUGUUCUUGAUCCUAGCAAGCCGGAUCGUCAAACUUUUCUCUGAUCUCUACUCUUAAGUUAAUAAGUUGAGAAAUUUAGUUAAUUAAAGAUGAGGGCUGGGGGGUUCACAGUGCAACAAGCACUAACAGCCGAGGCUGCAAGUGUCAUCAAGCAAGCGGUCACACUUGCUAGAAGGCGCGGCCAUGCUCAAGUCACGCCUCUUCACGUCGCAAGCACCAUGCUAUCCUCUCCCACGGGCUUGCUCCGAACAGCCUGCCUCCAAUCUCAAUCCCACUCUCAUCCUCUUCAGUGCAAAGCCCUUGAGCUUUGUUUCAAUGUCGCUCUAAACCGCCUUCCUGCUUCAUCUUCAAGCCCCAUGCUAAGUCCUCCCCAUUCUCACCACCCUUCCAUAUCCAAUGCUCUAGUGGCCGCCUUCAAGCGAGCCCAAGCCCAUCAGAGACGCGGUUCUAUUGAAAACCAGCAACAGCCCCUCUUAGCUGUGAAGAUUGAGCUUGAGCAGCUCAUCAUAUCGAUAUUAGAUGAUCCCAGUGUCAGUAGAGUCAUGCGUGAAGCUGGCUUCUCGAGUACUCUAGUCAAAACCAAUGUAGAACAGACGGUCUCUUUAGAGUUGUGCUCUCAAAACCAGGAGGUUAGUAAUAACAAGUCCACUAACGAAGAUAAUACCCUUUUAGUCCUUUCUCAGGAGACCGCGGGAGCAAAAGUUGGCAAGGAGAAAGGGAAUCAUGAUCAAGUUAGGGGUGAAGAUGUGAUGUGUGUGAUAGAGAGCUUGAUGAGCAAGAAAAGAAAAUCUCUGGUGAUUGUCGGAGAAAAUGUUGCAAAUAUAGAAGGUGUUGUAAGAGCAGUGAAAGACAAGGUCGACAAAGGAGAUGUUCCUGAGGCUUUAAGACAAGUGAAGUUUAUAAGCCUCCCGCUCUAUUCUUUUGAGAACCUGUCUAGAGGAAAGGUUGAGCAGAAGCUUGAAGACCUCAGAAGUAUGAGGAGCUUUGUGGACAAAGGUCUCGUUUUGUACUUGGGAGAUCUCAAGUGGAUUACUGAGUAUAGAGAGAGUUAUUUUGGUGGCCAGGGAAGAAACUACUAUUGUCCGGUGGAGCAUAUGAUUAUCGAGCUCGGGAGAUUGGCUUAUGGAAUCGGAGAAAGUGGAAAAUUUUGGUUUAUGGGAAUUGCAUCAUUCCAAACAUACAUGAAAUGUAAGACAGGCUACCCUUCACUGGAAAGUGUUUGGAGGCUGCAUCCUCUUACUGUUCCGGCUGGCGCUUUGGCAUUGAGCCUCAUUCCUGACAGUGAUGUGCAGAAAGACUGCGAAAGCAAGCAAUCUGAAAAUGGAUCAAGAUGGCUUGAUCGCUCUGAAGGUGGAGAGGAAAAGCAGCUUAGUUGCUGUGCAGAUUGUACAGCACAAUUUGAAAUUGAAGUCCGGAACACGAGAAAAACUACUUGUCGUGGAGAGUCGACAUCCUCUAGCCUCCCGUCAUGGCUCAGGGAUGAAUGUAAAAGACUUAGUAGUCAUGAUCAGGACGACUCUGCCUUAUCAGUAAAAGACUUGUGCAAAAAAUGGAACAUAUUUUGCAGCACAUUCCACAAAACCCUAACACAUUCCUCUGCAAUAUCACCUUCCUCAUCGACUUCGUGCUUUUCCUAUGACCGACAAAACCCUAAUUUGCACAACACUUCUCAAAAGAUUUGGCCAGUGUUUGAGCCUAGAGAGUCCCAAUUUAUGGACCAUCAAUCUUGGCCUUCUGUAUCCAAUAGUAAAACUUGUGACUCGAGUUUGAGAAUGUACAUUCCUGAUCAGAAUGGCAGGUUUUCUAAUCCUAAUUCCAAUCCAAAUUCCGCUUCUUCAAGUGACAUCAUGGAAGUGGAAUAUGUCACAAGGUUCAAAGAGUUCAAUACGGAAAAUCUCAACACCAUAUGCAACGCAUUGGAGAAAAAGGUGCCAUGGCAGAAAGACAUUAUUCACGAAAUAGCUGCCACUAUAUUACAAUGCAGGUCCGGAAUGUUGAGAAGGAAGGAUAAGAGUUUUACUGAUCAGGCGAAAGAAGAGACCUGGUUUUUUUUCCAGGGUGUAGAUGCGCAUGCCAAAGAGAAGGUUGCGAGAGAGUUAGCUCGGGUUGUGUUUGGUUCUUCGCAUUCCAACUUUGUAACCAUUGCUCUAAGUAGCUUCUCGUCUACCAGGGCCGACUCAACCGAAGAUCUCAGGAACAAGAGAACUAGAGAUGAACAAAGUUGCAGUUACAUUGAGAGAUUUGCCGAAGCAAUGUCUUUCAAUCCUCAUAGAGUUUUCUUCGUCGAAGAUAUUGAGCAAGCCGAUUAUGGCUCUCAGAUGGGAAUGAAGAGGGCGAUUGAGAGCGGAAGGAUAAGAAAUUCAAGCGGAGAAGAAGUUAGCCUUGCUGAUUCUAUUGUGAUUUUGAGCUGUGAAAGCUUCAGUUCUAGGUCAAGGGCGUGCUCUCCUCCCAUUAAGCAAAAAACACAGGGAGUUACGGAACAAGAGAUUAAAAUUCCUGAAUCCGAGGAUCAGACGACGAGUCCUUCUCUGUCUUUGGAUUUAAACAUGUCAUUCGCUGAUGACGUGGAUGAUGAGGGUGCUGCUGAUAUGUCGAUUGAUGAUAUAGGACUUCUUCAAUCCGUAGACAGGCUCAUUGUUUUCAAAAUCCAGGAGUUGUAGAACUAUAUAUAUUAUUCCAGUACUGUAGGAAUACAGAAUAGGAGUUCUUCAUGUUAUCAGGAUCUUCUGUAAUUUUUUCCUGCCUAGAGCUAGCUAGCUAGUUAUUUUGUUAUCAGGAUCGAUCUUCAUGUUAUUUCUCUUUAUUUUCUCUGAAAAUAUCUACCUAGCUAGUAACAAACCAGAUCGAC